AAUUUAAUACUCCUGUAUAUAUCAUAAAUAGAUCCACUUUACUAAUAAAUGCACACCACAUGUGUCUAGCAAUCUUCCACCUCUUCUUGGACCUUCCUUUUGGCCUUUUCACCUCAUAAAUAAAUAUCUCAUUUCAUUUCAGUAUUUUGAUUGCUAGGAAAAACAAGAAAACAAAGUUUUUCUUUUUUUCAAAGUGAGAAGAAAAAUGAAGAGCAAAGUAGUUGUUGAAGAUGCAUUUGUUUACAGUGAAGAGAAGAAUCUUACUGUUCGUAAAACUUCGCUGUUCUUCACUGGAGAUGGAUUCACUGCCUACGACUGCAAAGGCAACCUUGUUUUUCGAGUUGACACUUACGGUCCCGAUUCUCGUGACUUAGGUGAACUCGUUCUGAUGGAUGCUACUGGCCGAUGCCUUCUCACUGUUCGCCGUAAGAGGCCGAGUUUGCAUAACAGGUGGGAAGGCUAUUUAGGUGAAAGAGAAGAAGGAAAAAAGCCGAUAUUCAGCGUACGUAGAUCGUCGAUAAUUGGUAGAUCUAAUGUGACGGUGGAAGUAUACAGUAAUCCAAUUGAGGAGUAUCAGAUUGAAGGAUCAUUUGCUCAGAGAAAUUGCACGUUUUUCAAUGCUGAUAAGAUAUCGGUGGCUGAAAUUCGAAGGAAAGUGGAUGCUUGUGCCAAUGUGGUGCUUGGAAAGGACGUUUUUUCGCUGUCUAUAAAGCCUGGAUUUGACAGUGCGUUCGCCAUGGGAUUAGUACUUGUGCUUGAUCAAAUCCAAGUUGAUGAGUUGCCUGGUAAUCGGGUCGAUGCCGAUCCUAUCCCUGAUGAUCCUAGUCUUUCUUCUUAAUUAUCACUGUUUUUUAAUUUACUUUCUUUCUUCCUUCCUUCCUUCUCUUUUAUGUAAAAUAAGAAAUUCUACUAACUGAUGCCAGAUGUGAUGAGUAAUUUUUAUGCUAUCAA